AGAGUUGAAAGCUUUUGUCCUCUUCCUCGCUUGAGGCGCUUUUAGGAAUGGUUGCCGUGUUCCCGUGCAACGCGCCCAAUGGAAGCACAAACCCCAAUCAAAAGACGAGGCUUUUGUUUGAUUUUUCACGAUUAUGUCUGAGAAAUGCAACACUUGUUUGGGAUGCCCCCCGCCACUCCCGUGACGUUUCGAUGCUGCCAGAAAGGUUCGUGGGAUUCCUGGGAAUCGUCGCCACUAGCUUGGACGGCUCUCGAGAGAGUCCAACGAUUUCUCUCUCGAAAACAGGCGAUGAGGGCUCACCUCGAGUUGUUUUCCACGUUGUUUAAAUCCAGGGAAGUGUCGUUGCCCCCCCCCCCCCCACACACACACACACACACACACGGGGACUGUUUCCAAUCAGCUGCCCUGCGAAAAGUUCAAACGGGAAAGUUCGCCCUCUGAUUUUGUUGUUUUAGGCAAGGUUUGUCUCGUAGUUGAUCAAAUGUCGGCACAAAAGUAAAGAAAAGCGCCUUCUGAGUUUUUGCAUUGAAUCCGAAUCCACUUUAUUGGCCAAGUACGUCAAAACACUCAAAAGUGUUUUUCUCCAGCAGUCGGACAUUCAAAACAAAGAACAAGACAUUUCUGUUAGUAGGAACUUUUCCUUACAAGAGUCAUGCGAGAUGUAAAAUCUCCUUCAUUUAAACGCUUAAGAGAUGAAUUGGGUCGCACGUCGUUCAAAAGCGAUGCAUCAGCGCGUUUCGGGUUCAGGAUUGAACCCUCGCGAUCUCCUUGGCGUGGCGUUAUCCGUCGGUGCCGUCAGUGUAGACGUGAGCUCGUGUGAGUUGAGCCCGUAGAAGUGCGAAUCUUUGAGGUGGAAACGAAACGACACUUGCUUGGAUUUGACGACCGAAUGGACGCAUUUGCGGUCAAGCUAAGAAUUUAGUCACGCAAACGGUUCAUUUCCGACACGUCGACGACAUCGGCGUCUCUGCAAAAUGAGGUCGCCGACGCAGGCCGGGAUGGUCUCCGUCGCCCCAACUCCCGCCUCCUCGCUCCUCGCCCCUCGAGGAAUCGGCGUGGAAACAGAGGAGCGAGCCAGGACUUGGAAGGUUGCGAAGCAGACCCACCCUCGACGCCCCCCAGUACCGUCUCUUUGGCAGACACCGAAUAGCCGGCCGGGCUAAAUCCGGGCCUUGGGCCGUUCUCGGGUCCUUUUGCCUCUGCGAGAAACUCGGCUCAAAUGUAGACGGGCAGACGUGCGGGAGAACCUCCCCUGAUCAACGGCUGGAUUCCGUUCCUGGGCAAAGCUUUGGAGUUCAGGAAAGACGCUCUCAAGUUCUUGGUGGCGCAGCAGAAGAACUUUGGAGACGUUUUCACCGUUCACAUCGCAGGUCGCUACAUGACCUUCGUCAUGGACCCCCUGAUGUAUCCCGGCGUCAUCAAGCACGGCCGCCAGCUGGACUUCCACGAGUUCGCGGGCCGGGCGGCGCCGCCGGCCUUCGGAUACCCGCCCGUCGCGGAAGUGACCUUUCCGGGCCUGGGCGAGCGGAUCCGGCGCUCUUUCCGGCUCCUCGGGGGAGACCACCUGGCGCCGCUGACGCAAAGCAUGAUGGCAAAUCUCAUGACGCUGUUCCGCCAGGACCACCUGCGCCCGGACGGCGCCUGGAGGACGGCGGGCCUUUACGACUUCUGCGUCCGCGUCGUAUUCGAGGCCACGUUCCUCACGGUGUACGGGCGCCCGCCGGACGGCCUCCGGCACGCCGACACGGCGGCGCUGAGGGCCGACUUCGCCCGCUUCGACGAGGUCUUCCCGCUGCUCAUCGCCGGGGUUCCCGUCCGGCUGCUGGGCCGCGUCGGGGGCGUCCGGGAAAAGCUGAUCCGCCGCUUCCUGCCGCGGGAGAUGUCCGGCUGGGAGGGGGUCUCGCGCUUCAUCAGGCGCCGCGCCGAGAUCUUGGAGCGGCACCCGGCGCUGAGGGACGUCGACCAAGCAGCGCACCACUUUGCUAUGUUGUGGGCGUCGGUGGCCAACACUGCGCCGGCCGCCUUCUGGGUCGCGUACCACCUCCUGAGGCAGCCGGAGGCGCUGGGCGCCAUCAGCCGCGAGGUCCGACGAGCGGCGGAGGGCGGCGAAGCCGAGUUCACGACCGACGUUGACGUCGCCCUCAGCGCGCGGCAGCUGGACGACAUGAGUCUUCUGGAGAGCGCCAUCAAGGAGAGCCUGCGCCUGUCGACGGCGUCCAUCAACAUCCGUGUGGCAAAGGAGGACUUUUCCCUGCGUCUGAACGCCAAGCGCAGCGUACCGGUGAGGAUGGGCGACAUCGUCGCGUUGUACCCGCAGAGCGUCCACAUGGACGCCGGCAUCUACGAGGACCCGCAGAUGUUUCGCUUCGACCGCUUCGCAGGCAAGUCUGAAUUUUUCAAGAACGGACAAAAGCUUCACUACUACCUGAUGCCUUUCGGCUCGGGAGCGUCCGUCUGCCCCGGCCGAUUCUUCGCCGUCAACGAGAUCAAACAGUUUGUGAGUCUGCUGGUGCUGUACUUCGACCUGCAGCUGGAAGCGGGGCAACCCGACGCCCGGCCCGACGUCGGCCGCGCCGGCUUGGGCGUCCUGCGGCCCGACCGCGACGUGCGCUUCCGCUACCGGCCGCGCAGGGACGCGUCGUAGCGUCGUCGGUUCUUCUCGUGUUUCCGUAACGUUGGCGCGAGUGAGCUGGAAACGUUUUGACUUUCAUGGACUGAGCUCGCAAUUAUUGCACCUGAGAUUUUAAUAUCCGCUAACGCGAUGAUAGCAGCGUCGCGUGCUACCCAAACUGAAGUAUUGCGCAAAAUCCACUUCACAAGAAUUCCAUCGUUUGCUCAAUAAAAAUUGCACCAA